AUCCGUUCUAGCCCUUGUCUCUUGUCCCCUGCCUCUCGUGUUCCUACCUCGUGUCCUCUUGUUCCUGCACUUGUUCCUUCCUUCCUUUUGUUGCUAUUACACGGUAGCUUCGUGGUGUCAGCAGAUUCCGAUCUGUUGAUAUAUCCGUCGGUCACCAAGGUUUUGCGGCCGAUCUUCCACGGCCUGGCCUAUGCAUUGUAUACCAAGGAGAGUGUUACCAAUGCACUUCACGUCCCCAGCGCAGACUAUGUGACGUUACUGGGCAUCGUGUCCAAGAACGACUAUACCGAGAACAUUCCCGGCCUUGGAAUAGUUCGCAACUUGGAGAUCAUCCGCGCUCUACCCCAGUCGCCCGAUAUUAGCCAUAUGCUCGAUGCUUACAGAUUCAUGGCAGCCAUCAAAACCCACGAGGUUAUCGACCAGGGCCGAUUCAAGCCAUCGGAAGACAUCUUUUUGGAUCUCGAGGAGAAAGUGCUCCAACUGCAGCCAGGAGAUGAGGCCGCCGAUGAAGACAUGCUCGGCUUUGAUUUCAACAGUGCAGAACCGCAGUUCCAGCACCUCAAGCUGCAGCGAUUUGCCGUCGCUGCAUAUCAGCAUGCGAGUAGAAUAGAAGAUAUCAAGUUCUCUAACACCUUUUGCAUGGCGAUGUAUGCGUAUAUUUACUAG